AUGACGAGUGUUUUACCGCCACUGAAAGAGGAGGGUAAUGCCCCGGCGAUGGCAAGUGUUGUAGAAAAGAAGAAAAAUAUUUUUCCACUCUCGAGUUGGGGAGGCGUGCAAACCAUGAUUACUUCAUAUAGCAUGGAUUAUGGAAAAAAAGAUGGCACGCCUUCUGAGAAGAGGCCAUGUUCAGCUACAAGGAGGAACCGUCCUCAUCCCUCGAAGUUUUUUAUGAACUGGAGAGUUCCUUCAAAACCGAUACUUAACAAUAAAACUUCAUUUGAACCAUAUGCAGCUGAAUACAGUAACACUUUACAAAACUUCAGUGAAGAAUACAGAGGAAGAGAUGAUCCUAGAGCAAAACGAAAAAUUACUCCACCAACUGUUUACAAGCAUCUUAAUGAAGACGAGACACUUAAACUUAUUGAAAGAUUGAGGAUUUCUGGAAAACCGGAUGAAACAUUUCAACUUCCAUUGGCUCAAUUAAACCCUGAAGCAAUUUCCUUAGUCGCUGACUUGCUAAAAAAGGCUACACCUCAAGAACAAGAAGAGAUAGAGAGAGUUUUUGGACUUGGUGCACGAGAAAAAGAUUGUCAAGAUUUGCCUUCGUAUAGUUUUAUCACGCCUGAAGCAAUUAGAGUACUGGAGCAGGUCUUACAAAGAGCUGGAAUAACAGAUAACGACUCAGCAAUUCGUUUUCUCUUGUCAAUCGGUCAAGUGCUAAUGUCUAUAUCAAAUUCAAAUAUCCCAGCAUACCGUCCCAGGCCGCCAAGCGAGGAACGCGUGCGUAAACAUACACUUCGUUCGGCCCCAAUUCACUCGCCGAAUCUUCUCAUGCAGAAGCACAGAGAUGGAAUUUGUGCCUUGUGUAACAAAGCAAGUUUAAAUAACGAACUUCAAAAUAUAUCAGAAAAGAAAGUCUUUGACACGAACAAAUCGAGUCGUUCUUAUUUAGAAAACGUCCCUCGCUUGCCAAAGAUUCGUGCUCCAAAACGUUCCAUGUUGCCUCGUCCAAGCAAGCCGAACUACCCUAAGGUUGAGAACAAGUUUGCAACAUUUGUAUUACCUCAUCGACCAAUUGCGCGUUCGUUUACAAUACACCCAGAGUGGGAUUAGCCUACAGUCAUGCAAAACUGAAUUCAUACGAUUGACACGAAGAAUUCAGAAACGUGUGGUGUGUUUUCUGACUGCAAAGGCAAAUUUGUGUUGUACUUCUUCUUUCUUGAAAACUUUAUAAAAAAUAAAAACAGUAGUUUUUGAACUGGAAUUUCAAUGAAAAUGUAACAUUUGAGUGGACAAUUAAAUUGGUUGGAUAAAUGUCUUGGAUGCGGCUUCAUUGUUGAUUUCAUUGUUGGUUUCAAGACAAUGUGAUCGUUUGUUAAAGGGACCGCGGAAGAUCGUCAAGUGGGGGACAAAUAUUCAUAUAUUCAUGUCAGAUCGUAAAAAAAUCAGUUUAAAAAGAAACUAAUAAGGCGAAUAUAUGAAAACAAUCCCCCUUCCCACACACACACUUAACGAACCCUGUCAAUAACGGUGAUUUUCAGCUUGAACUGUGUUUGAUUCGUUUAAUUUCAUCGGUGGCAGUGGUGGAGCUCACUCAUGACGAGCAAAGGAAACUUAACAUGCAUGGCCAUUGUCAAACUGAUUUCGCGCAGAAAAAAAUAUUCGCACAGGAAAAAAUGUUAUUUAAAUACGAUUAAGAAAAUCAUACUGCAUGAGACAUAAAAAAUGCAUUUACUGUUAACUGUUUUCACAAAC